CUGCCGCCAUCUUUUUAUGGGGCGGAAGAGCGGCGAAGACGCCGACCUGCGAGCGGGGAGCGUCCGCCAAUUCCCGGCAGCGCGGCGCGCGAAGAGCGGGCAGGGCGCGGCGCGGGCAGCGGGCGGGGCAGGGCCGGGCGGGGCGGGGCGGGGCGCGCGGCGCACUUCGCUGACGCUCCCUUGGGCGGGCGGCGCUGCGCUGGGGCCGCGGCGGCGGGAGCGCGCUAUGGGGGCGGCGGAGCGCGACCUCUACCGGGACACGUGGGUCCGCUACCUGGGUUACGCCAAUGAGGUGGGCGAGUCCUUCCGCGCCAUCGUGCCUGUCUCGCUGGUCUGGGCCAGCUACGGCGUGGCAACGGCCUACGUGACGGCAGACGCCAUUGACAAGGGCAAGAAAGCGGCCGUGACUCACGCGCCUGACGCCGGGAAGACGGCACGGGUGGGGGUGGCCGUGGUGGACACCUUUGUGUGGCAAAGCCUGGCCUCUGUGGCCAUCCCCGGCUUCACCAUCAACCGCCUCUGCGCCGCCUCCCUCUACCUCCUGGGCUCGCUGACCCGCUGGCCGCUCCCCCUCCGCAAGUGGACCACCACGGCGCUGGGGCUCUCCGCCAUCCCCUUCAUCGUCAAGCCCAUUGACAGGACUGUGGAUUUCCUCAUGGACUCCAGCAUUCGCAAGCUCUACGGCGCAGAGGGAGAGCCGCCAUCCUCAUCCUGAACCGCCUCGGGCCGGCAGCAGUCACAUAUUGGCGCCCACCGUGCACCAUGCCCCCCUGCACCAGCAGGACCAGCUCCCGGCAGGGCCACGACAUGCCAGCGCAUCCCAGCGGAGCCAGGCCGGCCCCAGGACCCGUGGGAAACCAAGGCACUUUGAUGAUUUAGGCUGCUGAAGUCCGUUCACUGUGAAACCAUCCUCAGGUCACAACCCCAGAGCGGUCCCACAGGAUGGAUCUGCUCUGCCAGCACCUAUCAACUCUCCCCUCGUGGACUGGUCCUAAUAAACCAUUUCAGAUCUGA